AUGAAAAUUGUAAAGGCUUCAAUUUUAAAUAGUAUGGGAUUAAAUGAUCAAGGAUUUGAAUUACAUAAUAAAGCUAUACAAGAAAUUGGACCUAAAGUAACAUGGAAGAAUGGAUUAGAAGCAUCUUUAGCAUUUCAUGAAUUGGGUGAAUAUUAUUUAAAUAGAGGUGAAACUGGAAAGGCUGUUCAAAAUUUUGAAAAAUCACUUUCAAUUAGUGAAGGUUUUUAUGGAUGGAUGUCACCACAAACAACUAAAACUGCAUUAUUAUUAAGUAGAUUAUAUUUAGAAACUAAUAAGGUUGAUUUUUCUGUUAUUUUAGGUGAAAAAGCUUUAAUUGGUAUUGAAUUAUUUUUAGAUUUAUAUGAAGCACAAUUAAUUACAAUUUCAGGUUCAUAUUUAGCAAGAGCAUAUGAAAGAAAAGGUUUUUAUCCAUUUCAACAAUCAACCAUUUCAAGAGUUUAUAAUAUUUUAAGAAGAAAAAAGAAUGAAACAGAUACACAAACAUAUAUGGAAUGUGUUUUUAAAUUAGAAAAUAUGAUGGGUUCAUGUAGAUUCUUUCAAGGUCAUUUAAAAUUAGCUGAUCAAACAUUUACUAAAUUAGAUCAAUUAGCUGAAUCUGUAAUGCCUGAAUGGAUUAAAAAAGAUUCAGAAGAAGCUCAAUUUGAAUUAGCCUAUAUGAAAUAUUUUACAGGUAUUUCUAAAAUUGGAUUACAGGAAAAUUCACAAGGUAUUUCUGAACUUGAACAGAAAAAUAUUUUUAAAUUUACAAAGACAAGAUUGGGCAUUACACUGUGA